UGCAAUGACUUCAAUUUCACCUAUUGCUUCUUGUUUUCUCUUUCUCAUUCUUUCUCUCUUCUCUUUUUCUUUUCUUCCUCAUUCUGAAUGUAAUCAUAACCACCACCCUCCCUCUGCUACUCACAAAAAAGAGAUGGAAGGAAUAGAACACAGAACAGUUGAAGUGAAUGGCAUCAAAAUGCAUAUCGCCGAGAAAGGCAAAGAAGGACCUGUUGUUUUGUUCCUUCACGGCUUCCCUGAAUUAUGGUACACUUGGCGCCACCAGAUUGCAGCUCUCGGCUCCCUCGGUUACCGUGCUGUGGCUCCCGAUCUCCGCGGCUACGGCGACACUGAAGCUCCAGCUUCAGUAAGCAACUACACAGGUUUUCAUAUAGUAGGUGACCUUGUUGCUCUCAUCGACUUACUCGGAGUGGAACAAGUAUUCCUUGUUGCUCAUGAUUGGGGUGCUAUCAUUGGUUGGUACCUUUCCAUGUUUCGCCCUGAAAAAAUCAAAGCCUAUGUGUGUCUCAGUGUUCCCCUCCUCCAUAGAGACCCCAAAAUCCGGACCGUAGAUGGCAUGCGUGCUUUUUACGGUGACGAUUAUUAUAUCUGCAGAUUUCAGGAACCGGGCAAAAUAGAAGCUGAGAUAGCUGAAGUUGGCACUGCAUAUGUGCUGAAAGAUAUCCUCACAGCUCGGAAACCUGGUCCUCCAAUCCUUCCAAAGGGGGAGUAUGGAACCGGAUUCGACCCGAAUACCCCGGACACUUUACCAUCUUGGCUCACAGAAGAUGAUCUUGCUUAUUAUGUCUCCAAGUUUGAGAAAACUGGCUUCACCGGAGGAUUGAACUAUUAUAGAAAUUUGAACCUAAAUUGGGAGCUGAUGGCACCAUGGAAUGGAGUGAAAAUCCAAGUGCCUGUGAAAUUCAUUACUGGUGAGUUAGACUCCGUAUACACCUCGCUUAACCUAUCGGAGUAUAUAUUUGGUGGAGGAUUCAAGGAAGAUGUGCCCAAUUUGGAGGAAGUGAUUGUGCAAAAAGGUGUGGCUCACUUUAAUAAUGAAGAAGCAGCUGAGGAAAUCAAUAAACACAUCUAUGAUUUUAUCAAGAAGUUUUGAGAUGCUAUGCAAAUGAAAUAAUCAUAUUUAGUGAUAAAACUUAAAUUAAAUAAUAACGAGAAAUAGUUAUAAAUAAGAAGUUUCUCCUUUUCUUACUAGUUU